GGGGGGGGCGGAGAGCGACGCGACCCCCGGCCGCCACCGUGUCGUAUGUUCAGGUCCAAACGCUCAGGGCUGGUGCGGCGACUUUGGAGGAGCCGCGUCAUUCCGGACAGGGACUGCGGAGAUGGGAGCGUCAGGAGCGGCCACGAUUUCGGAACCACCACCGGUAGUUUUAAAAUCCCGGAGAAAAACCCUUCGUCGGCGGAGAUCCGCGCGGUAGCGCGCAGCUUGCUACGGGAGGCGGAGGAGCGGCGCGGCGGGGCUGCGGGAGAGGAAGCGGCGGCUCCGCGCCGCGGGGACCCCAUGGCGGAGCGACGCGGGGGACGGCUCCGCAACUCGCCCCGACGGGAGGACAUCGAAGGGGUUAGCCCGCGGCGGGCGCAGGAGAGCGACGGUCGGACGGUGACCUGCUGCCUCUUCAUGGAGCGGGAACCCGGCGGCCCGCAGCACCCCCACGACUCCGCCGCCGCCGUUGGACCCCCCAGCCCCGACGGCGCGACCGACGGCGGCUCCCCGGAGCGGCGGGGCCGGGAGGGGCGGUCGCGGCUGCUGCUGCUGGAGCAGGAGCUGAAGGCCGUCACCUACUCGCUGCUGAAGCGGCUGAAGGAGCGCUCGCUGGACAGCCUGCUGGAGGCGGUGGAGUCCCGCGGGGGGAUGCCCAGCGGCUGCGUGCUGGUGGCCCGCACCGAGGUGCGUUUGGGGGGCCAGGCUGCUCCCCCCCACCUGCUCUUGGGCAAACUUUUCCGCUGGCCCGACCUGCAGCACCCCGCCGAGCUGAAACCUCUCUGCGAGUGCCAGAGCUUCGGCGUCGCCGACGGACCCACCGUCUGCUGCAACCCCUACCACUUCAGCCGCCUCUGUGGGCCAGAGUCUCCACCACCUCCCUACUCUCGGCUGUCUCCUAAUGAUGAGCAAAAGCCACUGGAUCUAUCAGAUUCCACGUUGUCUUACACUGAAACAGAGGCUACAAACUCGCCCAACGUCACGCCCGGAGACUUCUCAGAUGCCAGCACGUCGCCCGACGCGGUGAAGCGGAACCAUUGGUGCAACGUGGCCUACUGGGAGCACCGGACGCGCGUCGGCCGCCUCUACACGGUGUACGAACAGUCUGUCAGUAUCUUCUAUGACCUACCUCAAGGAAACGGCUUCUGCCUGGGACAGCUCAACCUGGAGAACAGGAGCGAGACUGUGAGAAGGACCCGGAGUAAAAUCGGAUACGGGAUUUUACUCAGCAAAGAACCGGACGGGGUGUGGGCUUACAACCGCAGCGACCACCCCAUCUUUGUCAACUCCCCAACACUGGACAUCCCCAACUGUAGGACUCUGAUUGUGCGCAAGGUGAUGCCUGGUUAUUCCAUCAAGGUUUUUGACUAUGAGAAGUCCUUCCUCCUGCAGCACGCGGCCGACUGGGAUUGCGCCGACGGCCCCUACGACCCCAACAGCGUCAGGAUCAGCUUCGCCAAGGGCUGGGGGCCCUGCUACUCCAGACAGUUCAUCACCUCCUGUCCUUGUUGGUUGGAGAUUUUACUCAGUAACAAUCGAUAACAGUCAGCCUCUGGCAAAAGGA